CGGGAUCGCCGAGGGAGCUCGGUCACAACAUCCGACGGAUCCCUUCCAGAAAGGGUUAAGAGGGCGGGCGCCCCGGGAAGCCACGUGCCGAAGCACGUCUUUAUUGGUCCCGCCAGAGUUGUUUGUGUGCGAUGAUUGGAGAGGGCCGGAACGGGAGAAGGUGACUGGCUGAGGGAACAUAGGUCGCUAAAGCUGUGUUGGAGGGGGAGGGGAAGAAGGAGCUGGCUAGGUGGCUGGCCCGGGAUCGGGAGCGGGAGCCAGAGCAGAGCAGAGCUGGGCCCCGAAACGGGGCCGCCGCCAACGCUGCCACCGCUGACAUAGUCGUCACUGCCACCGCCGUCAUGCGUUGGGUUCGGGCGCUGCUAAAGAACGCGUCCCUGGCCGGGGCGCCCAAGUACAUCGAGCACUUCAGCAAGUUUUCGCCGUCCCCACUGUCCAUGAAGCAGUUUCUGGACUUUGGUUCUAGCAAUGCCUGUGAAAAAACUUCCUUCACCUUCCUGAGGCAGGAGCUACCCGUGCGUUUGGCCAAUAUAAUGAAGGAGAUCAAUUUGCUUCCAGACCGGGUGCUAGGAACUCCCUCUGUGCAGCUGGUUCAGAGUUGGUAUGUCCAAAGUCUUCUGGACAUCAUGGAGUUCCUGGACAAAGACCCCGAGGACCAUCGCACUCUGGGACAGUUCACGGAUGCCUUGGUCACGAUCCGUAACCGGCACAAUGAUGUGGUGCCCACCAUGGCCCAGGGCGUGCUGGAGUACAAGGAGGCCUAUGGUGAUGACCCUGUCUCCAACCAGAACAUCCAGUACUUCCUGGACAGAUUCUAUCUCAGCCGGAUCUCCAUCCGAAUGCUCAUCAACCAGCAUACACUGAUCUUUGAUGGCAGCACAAACCCUGCCCACCCCAAACACAUUGGCAGCAUUGAUCCCAACUGUGAUGUCUCCGAGGUGGUGAAAGAUGCCUAUGACAUGGCCAAACUCCUAUGUGACAAAUAUUAUAUGGCCUCUCCCAGUUUGGAGAUUCAAGAGAUCAAUGCCUCCAACUCCAAACAACCCAUCCAUAUGGUCUACGUCCCUUCCCACCUGUACCACAUGCUCUUUGAACUCUUCAAGAAUGCCAUGAGGGCAACUGUGGAGAGCCACGAAUCCAGCCUCACACUCCCCCCCAUCAAGGUGAUGGUGGCCUUGGGUGAGGAAGAUCUGUCUAUCAAAAUGAGUGACCGGGGCGGGGGUGUUCCUUUGCGAAAGAUUGAGAGGCUCUUCAGCUACAUGUACUCAACAGCUCCCACCCCUCAGCUCGGCACUGGUGGGACCCCUUUGGCUGGUUUUGGCUAUGGACUCCCCAUAUCCCGCCUCUAUGCCAAGUACUUCCAGGGUGACCUACAGCUCUUCUCCAUGGAGGGCUUUGGAACUGAUGCCGUCAUCUACCUAAAGGCCCUGUCUACAGAUUCUGUGGAGCGACUGCCUGUCUACAACAAGUCAGCGUGGCGUCACUACCAGACCAUCCAGGAGGCAGGCGACUGGUGCGUGCCCAGCACAGAGCCCAAGAACACGUCCACCUACCGAGUCAGCUAGACAGGCUGCCGGUGGAGGAGGCCCUGGGAGGGUUCCCGUUGCUGGCAAGUCCCUUCUUGACCCUGCAGUGAUGACUAUGAGGACAGAUGGAUCUCUUUAGGAACCCGUCACCCUGGUGACCUUCCCCCUGUCUGCCACCUAAGGGGCUGAGGGGGAUAUUGCCCUGAUGACCUGUCUCUGUUUCCAUGGAAACUAUGAUGAUGCCCUUUGCUACACUGGCCCCCAGGUGCCAAUUUCUGUUUCCUUACAGUCCCCUGAGGAGGCUCUUCCCUUUAGACCUUCUCCUCUACCUCCACCAUCUCAAGUUGGGGGGAGUGGGGCAGAGCUCUCCCUGAUUAUCUGACUUUCUAUGGCAACUGCAGUGAUGUCCUCACUACAGUGGCCCCUGGGUGCCAAUAUCUGUCUCCAUAGGACCCCCUGUGGAGAUCCCUAGGGUGGUGUAUCCUGUGACUUUCCCCCCUGCCCCCACUACCCCAAGGGAAGAGUCUCCUCCAUGACAUGUCAGUUUCCUUGGCAACUGGGAUGAUUCCUUCACUACGGUGGCCUCUGGGUGCCCAUCUCUGUCACUGUAGAGACCCCUUGGAAUGGUGUCCAGAGUGACCUUCCUUCUGCCCCUCCAUCAUCCCAAUGGAUGGGAGAAUGGGGAUUCUCCUUGAUGACCUAUCUCUUUCCUUGGCAAUGGCAGUAAUGGCCUCACCACAGUGGCCCCCAGGUGCCAGUCUGUCUUCAUAAAGUCCCUGGGAGAGACCCCUGGGACGGUCUCCCAGAUGAACAGUCUCCUUGGUGUUCUCCUGGGUUGGGUCUCUAGAACCUCUCCAGAAGGACAUUCCAAUGGCAAUGGACUGGUGGUAACCCCCACCCCACCCCCAAGGUGAAAUAUGUCAUUUAGCCUGGAGGGGUGAGGAACAGCCACCCAUCUAGCCUCUCUGGAUCUUCCAUCUGGGUCUUUCAGCUUGCCUUUUCCUUGUCCUUAAGCCAUCACGACCCACCCCUACACCCCUGGGUCAGACUCUUAUCAGUGUUACGAAAGAACUGAGUGAGGCUGGGGGCAAAAAGAAGAGAGGACACCAACAACUAAUAGUGGAGCAAGGAGGCUCUGGCUUCUAUUUGUCCACUCUGCUAAUGGGCUUAUCAGACUUACAACUUCUAUUCUGAGGUUUAUAAAAAAGGGGAAUGGGAGUGAAUGGGGGUAUCUCUUUCCAGAGAUAUUGGGGCAAAUGUUGGUCUAAUGAGAAAACUCUACUUAGAGGAGACUAAAGACAACCCAAGUGUCAGCUUUCCCAAAGUUCACCAGCCCUCUGCCUAAGCAGUGUUUUCCUCUUCCUCCUUGGCCCAGGCUCUUUAUCACAUGCACCCUAUCCUGCCUGCAGCAGCUGCAGUCUCUUGGAUUCCCCUUCUUCAUUCCUGCCUCUUUCUACCAGGAAAAAAACAAAACAAAACCAAACCUUGUGCUUGGUGUGGCUUGCUCCCCCUAAGCUGUAUGUACACAUGUAGUUUUGUAUCCCUAGGAUGGCCUUCCCCUCUUUCUCAGUUGUCCAGCACACAAGGGGUUAAGUUGUGUGUUCCUCCUGGCAACACCUGGUAAAAAGAAGAUUGAAUGAGAUUCCCAGUUUGGCUGCUUACUAGUGGUUGUGGGGAGGCAGUGAAGUGGGGUGGAGGACAUUGCCCUGGACCAGCUCCUCCUGCUUACAUCUCACAAUAGCCUACAACAGACCCAAACUCUUUAAUGUAUGGAAUAUGUCACACUCCACCCCUGAAAGACACAAGAACUGUCCUAACAGGGCCAAUAUCUUGGUUAUACCCAUCACUCUCACAAUACCAUUAGCCUAGCCUUUAGCAGACACUUUCAAUAUGGCGGCCUGAGUGUACCCAUGAACCUUUGUUACCCAUAUAGAAUUGGAGAGUUAUCUGAGUUGGAAGGACUUCUAGAGAAUAUUGAAAUCCAAACUCCUCAUUUCAUAAACAAGGCAACCAGAGGCCUAUAGAGGGGGAAAGUCUUCCCUAGGUUAGCCAUUAAGCAAUAGAGCUCAUAUUUGAACCCAGGUUCUCUGACUAAAUCUGGUGUUUUUCCACUGUACCAUUCUGUCUCAUGAGCAUGUCCCUGGUAGAAUCACCCAGGCUUGAAGUGAGGUUUUCCCAUACACAUUCUAGCUUUGUGUGUUCCUUACCUACAGUAUAUACUCCAGUAGGAAUAUUUAGGCCCCUUUCACCCAUACCUUUGAUGUCUUCUUCCCAGUAUCUCAGUUUCCCCAUUGAAAUUAAUCAGCAUAUAGAGGGACUCAGGAUCAUGGACUAUUAGAACUUAAAACAAAUGCUAGAAAUUACCUAGACCACCUCCAGUUUGGCAGAUUAAGGUUCAGAGUGUUCAAAGACUGCCCAAGAUGACACAGUAACAGAAUUGGAAUUUGAAUCUACAUCCUCUGACUCCAAAACCAGUGUCUCCAUUGCAACUUGCUAUCUUUUUUCUCACCACUCCUUUAAAUAAAGGAGGGAAGGGAAUAGCAAAGAAGGAACCGAGAUCCUGCUACGUCAGGGUAGACAGCAAUAUGGGGAAAGAAGCCCCCUUUUUUAGAGACCAGUUUUCUAGAAACAGGUGGAAUCAGAGUAGUCCAGCCAGAGACACAGCCAUCAGCUAUUUGGAUGCAAGUUUCUGGGUCCAAAAGAGGAAGCCAGUCUCUGUGUCCAAACCCAUCCUGGUCAGUCUCCCAGGAGAGAGGGGAAACCUUUAUUUCUGUCUUAGACAUUCCUUUCUUAGAUCUGCUAGUGGUUCCUAGAAGAAAUUGUCUGAAGGCUUUGGGCAUUUAGGGGAGUCAGGAGGGAAGAAGUCCACUUCUUAGCCCAUGUCAUUCUGUUGGGACAUUUCCUAACAAGGGCAGAAGCUGGUUCUUGGCACUUUGCCCCAAGAACUACUAACCCUGAAGGAAGGCUUCGGCUCUGCCUGUCCCUUAGGGCACUUUGGUGCCCUCUGCUGACUCUUCUAUGGCUGGCCCAUCAUUCCCAAUUCUAAAGCUCUCUGAAUCACUCUUCUCAGACGGGAGACCCUAGAGAUUAUGAGGGAUGAUUUAACACCCCCUUCCCUGAGACACACACAACAUAGGCCCUAAAGUGGAUCUGUCUUCUUUACCGCAGCUUUACCAGCAAGAAAUGAGCUAUGAAAGAUACUUGAUGGGGAACACCUCAUGGAGAGCUUUGGACCUUAGGACAUAAGGCCUUUUGGGGGGGACAGGUUCCAAGACACUUUCAUAGGGUCAGGAAAGAGAUCUGUGGGAGGGGAAAACUUGGGGCUGUACUGGAAAGGGGCUGACCUAGAAUUGGAGGGGGGAGUGUUGGAAGAAACAUCUGAUAAAUUCAUGUUGCAAUAAGUUAUUUUUGUUAGAUAGAUGCCAAACUCAAUUGCUUCUAUCUGUUGAAAGAAAAAGUUCUAUCAUUUCCCUCUAAAUUUUGGCCAGCCCUUUCCUACUUAGAGCUGUCUCUGGACUAACAGAGUUUUGGCAGAAGGAGGGAAGCACCUAAUGCUACCCUGCCCUCAAGAGUAUACUCAGGCUUCCUUUUUCCACCAUCACCAUCCCUAGGAAAAAGAAGAAAUAAAAUCCAAGAGAUUGGUUUUGAGACCUAACAGAUCAGAGUCUUGGCUGGGAGUCAAAGAUCGGGGUAGUCACUCUUCUCCUUAGCUCGGGUAUCAGAAAACGAGAGAGACUAUAUCUCUUCCCCUCUCAACCUUUUGAAGCUGUUUCAGGUCUCUUAGAUUCCCCAAAUUUUUCUGUUAUUCUGGUUUGGUGUCUACCCUUGAUUUUUUUUUACUGUUGUCUUUAUCUUCCCAUUCUGGGGAACUAUAAUCCUUUUGUGGAUCCAACAUCCUUAGCAAGGUUUCCUUUAACUUUCUGCCCCUGACCUCGAGAGUAAUUCUAAACCAGAAACGGAGGUAAUAACCUAGUCCUGUCACUCCCCUAGCCAACCAACAUGCUUUUGAUGUGGAGCACUAAUUUAACCCCUAGUCCUUUACAGCUGGGUUAUUCUAAGCUCCUUAGAGGUGGGGAGAUGUUCCUCUCCUCAACUCAAUACCAAACAGGUCUUUGAAAUAAGAUUUAUUCUGCUUCCUCCCCAGGGGACCCCCUUUUAGUCAGCAGGGUCCCUUCCUGGGAUUUGGAGAGGGGUACCGGAGUGGACAUGAAUGGGAAUGUGUGCCCCUAAGGACGUGGGACUUGGAGGCUCAUCUAAGCUUUCACUCCUUCAUACCCCCAUUCUUCCAGAGGUCCUGUGAUUACUCCUCCCUCCCAUGGGCUGAGGGAGGUAGAGUUUGAUGGGCCCCCUGCCCCAGCAGGCAGGGAGUCAUGCAGGAUCUGUGCUCCUAGCAUAGGAGCCUCUAGCUUUUUCGAGCCUCGGCCUCUUUGCGCUUCUGUUUUUCUCGCUGUCGUUCAGCCUUCUCCUGAGCCUUUCUUUCCUUCUCAGCUGCUGCCACCAAUUCCUUCAGCUUCCGCUUCACCAGUGCCCGGUCAUGGGAGUUGCUGAGCCCCAGGCUCUAGGAAAUUCAGGGAAAGUAUGCAUUUGGGGGACAGCAGAGAUGUUAGUCAUCCCCUUACCUAGGACUUUGACCUAUUGAUACUCCAAAGGGGAAUAAGGAAGAAUCUCCAACUUUCCUCAAUCUUAUGCCCUUACUAAGUCUCUGAAUUAUAACCUGUGCCCACCUUGCUGCCGCUGAAGUCCCUUUCUGUCCACUGGAACCUUAGUGAAGGAUCACCACUUUAGCUUAUCGAAAUUCAGAGAGGAGAUGGAAAAGGAUUGGUAAAAAAUAUAUCUCCCCCCCCCACUCUACAUCCAAAUUCUGUCACCUCCCCCGUGACAUCCUUGGGCCCACCUAUCACCAGCAAAUCUAAAAGUCCUUUUCAGUCUUUCCAUUAUCCCCACCUAGGGAAUAGAAGCACCUAGAUUAUCCCUUCCUCCUGUACACUUGGGCAAAAAUUUUAAAGCAAAAGUAAAAAACUCUUUGGGCAGAUGUUGUAGGUCAAUAUAUGCCAUUAUCCCCCUACUGGACACUUCCUACCUCCUCCAACCAGGGAGUAGAAGAUCAGGCUGAAUAAUAGACCCAGAAAAGGACCUUAAUUGGAGGCCAAAACUCAGAUGUCUGCCUAGGUCCAUAGUGACAAACCUAUGGCACAUGUGCCCCAGGUGGCACUCAGAGCCCUCUCUGAACAUGCACUGUUCCCUGCCAGAGUUCAUUACUAGAAAGACAAAGGGACUUGGCAGAGCUACUUCCUUCUCCAUCUCCACCGCAGCUGAGGACAUUCCUCACUUCACUUGCCCCUCUGCCCAGCAGCCCAAUAGAAGUGCUUCUUCCCUCCCCUCUCUAGGGUAAGGUGGUAGUGGUGGGGACAGUGAAGGGGGUGAGAGGAGGGCUCUGGGGGGCGGGGUUGGGGAAUAACACAUGUUCUCUAAAAGGUUCACCAUCACUGGCCUAGGAUAUAACCUCUCUUGCUGAGAACCAACUAGGUAGUGGAGAGUGGAAAGAGUCUCUUUACCCUAGUCUGUCUCCAACCUUCUGAGACUUCUCAGUGCCAACAUGGGCCUUGUAAUCCUUCCCUUUCUCCACUAGGAAUGGUACCAGUGGAAUGAGGAGAGACCAGAAUCUAAGGUCAUACUAAGGGCCUCCAUUGGAGGUCUAUCAGUCCAAAAACUAAGUAGGCACUACAGGUCUUGAUGCUCCAGGCCCACCCAUACGGGGUACCUCCUCAUUCAAACCUUCAAUUUCCCCCCAUCCAGCUGCAGCAGCUGCUGUCCAUCCACUUGUCUAGCUGCAAACUCAGCAGUGUACUGAUCCAAGUUGAGACUCUCUAGCCACUGGCCCACUUGUUGACUAGUCCAGUGGUUGGCAGUUGGAAGUGGCUCAUCCAGGAACUGAGUGGUGGAGAAGGAGAAAGAGAAUAAGGGUAGAGGGAUGCUUCUCUGGUGGUCUUUUUCUCCUUUUUAAUUUUGCACCAGAGACUCUUGAGGGCAGGUGGAGCCAAGUGAUCUCCAGAUAACAGAUUGGGCCACAAGACCUCCCAGGUUGGGAAGCUUUGUUCAGGACCACGGACAGGUCCCAUCUAGAAAUGGGGCUUCCACACCCUCUCCCUCCUCCAUGCUCUAUCCCCUUAACUAGAACUCACCUCAUCAGAGGACUGAGAUAGUGUGUGGUAAGGGUAGGAGCAUUUGGGGUCUGGUCGGGAACUGCUCAAUAUCUUCGGGCUGCUGCUAGGGGGUGUGGAGUCAUCAUCACUCAGGGUGGAUUCCUGAGAGGGAAAAUGUUCAAGGAGGGAGUUCACACUGGUGCCAGCAGGCAUCCUUGCUUAGUUCCCAUCUGCUUGUCAAAGGACAUUAUUCCUUCUGGGCCUGAAAGUCCUGGGCUGAAGAAUUUUUUUGAGGGGUAUGUGUGUGGAGAGGGAGAUGGGAAUAUAAAUAGACACAAGGAGGAAUGGAGUUGGAGAUGUAAGACUUGGUCUCCAUUCUCCAGGAGCUUAUGAUCUGAUUGGGGGAGAUAACAAUACUAAUAAUGUUGAUGCAGACAAUGAUAAUGGCAGCUGACAUUUGUAGUCUUUAAAGUCAGAAGCAACAUGCUAUAGUGGAUAUAGAGAGGUUCAAGUCUCGCCUUGUGAUCCUAGGCAAAUCAUUUAACCACUCAAUGCUCUAAGGAGCCACCUGAGAACAUAAAUUGAAGACACGGCUGGCAGCAAGAAUUCCCUAUACAAAUGAAAUAUCACAUUUGAACCAUCUUUUUUAAAGUUAACAAAAUGUUUUGUGUAAAUUGUCUCAUUUGAUGCAGAAAAAUGUUAUAAAUGGGCAUGGGGGCAGGAAAUGCUGUAACAUCUCAGUACUGUGGACCUGGGAUAAUGAGGGAGUAUAGGAAGGCUUCUUGGAGUAGGUGGAAGUAGAACUGGGAUCUGACAUGCAGGGGUCAAUCUUCAGUGAUCCCUAAUGAACUUUGAAGGUGGUGAGCCUUUGGGGUUUGGGCUGCAUAUGCAACUUUAUAAAGAGGGCUGGUGUAUUCAUUUGAGUUAUUCUCCAUUCAGUGUGGAUACAUUGGGAAUCAAUUGGUUGAGGACCUUCCUUGAAAAAGCAGCUCUCUUUUACCCUUUCCUUUUUCUGAAAAGGUCAGCAGAGCUAAGAGCAGACUUCUGUCUGGGGAACAGUCAUAGAGACAUUGAUCUAGUGCUUGAAGGGAUUUCAGGCAACAUCUAUUCUAAUUCAUCUCACUUUAUGAAUGGAAAAUAGAAGCUUUCAAAGAUUAUAUGCCUUUCUCAAGCCUCAAAGAUUAUAAGCCUUUCUCAAGGCAGUGUCAGAAGGAGGAUUUGAAUAGAUCCUCUGACUCCAGAGGUAGUGAUCUUUCCUUUUUAUCAUACUGCCCCAAACACCAAUGUCCACCUUAGGGCAGAGGCCAUAGAAAUUACAGAUGUUCUUGUCCAUGAGGCCAAAAGAAGAGCUCCUGGCCCUAGCCUUGCAGAAGCAGAACUAUAAUAUCUCAGCCCAAAAUGGAAGCUGUAGAGAACCAUGUGGGCUGUGAUGAGAGUUGUUGAAACCCAGCCUCCUAGAAGGGAAAUUUUGAGGAUGGAGUGAAACCAGCCUUCUAUUAAGGGAAGGGAGAGCUCCUGAAUCUUGACAGUACAUUGGAAAAGGAAGAGACUUCUAGAAGCCAGCCUUCCUGAGAAAGAAGGGGAGAACCUGAGUAGUGCCACCACCCACAAACCUAAAUUUGAGAGUUCAGAGAUCUAACCUUCUAGAGAGAGAAAAGCUUAGGUGGGGAUCUACCUAUUCUGUAGUUGAGAGUAUCAGCAUGGGACUAUAUUGUGAUAUGAGAAAGGAAACGACCUAGAGUUCUCCCUCUGCUAUUAGGCUGAGUUGUUUGUACUGCACAGGUCUAAUGAGAAAAAAUGUCUCUUGGAAUGCAACUCCAAAUGCAUUUUCUUUGGGUUGGGGAGACAUGGGGAAUCCAAGAGCUCAGACUGGUUACAUGGAAUUAACUGCCUUUAUGAGUGUCUCAAAGGAAAGUGGGACUCCCUAGACUAUCAGAGGAGUUACCUUCCUUGUGAUGUUAAUUGUAUAUUCCUUUAGGGGCAUCCAAGCCCUCAAAUAAUACCCAAAAUCCAUAUGGGUCUUUGGAAUGAAAGUGGGACCCACAGGAAUGUGAGGGGAUUUCUGGAGCCAUAGAGUAGGGGAUACCUUAAGUCUGGGGAAAUGUAUAGAGCUGUGGGGGAGGUGGAACUCACUGCUGAGUGAGAAUUGUAUUGAUAAUUGUUUAUGAGCUAUUCUGAGUCUUUUAUGUGUUUUAUACCUUGGUGGGUUUUUCUUUCUGUACUUUCUGUGAAAUGAAAUAAAAGCUGUUCUAUAACAGAA